AUCAUUCCUAUGUAAGUCAUCGUCAGUGUGAAAGUAAACCCAGUUUCGAUGACGAUGUAAGGCCAGGCUGUCUGCUUCGGCGAACCUUUCAUACAAUGGCAUAAUAUUAACUCUCUCUCUAUAUAUAUUUAUGUAUGUAUACCUGUGUGGGACACGUAGUGUUCGACCAUGGAUUUUGCUCGCUCCGUAUUAACAGGACGGAAUAAUGAGGGAUACAGCCGAAAAGCAACAAUCGCUGACACUCUCUCAGAAGAUGAAGAUGACUACAUUGUCAGGGAAACUGGAGAAGGAGUUAGUGUCUGUGCUGUACCCAGCUACAACCAUAAUUCAGAUUUUACUCCAACUCCAGGAGGACCGUUUUCAGCCCUUACACCGUCAAUGUGGCCACAAGAUAUUUUGUCCAGAUUAAACAACCCUCCUGUUGAUGCCAAAGGUCAGUUGGAUUAUCGUUAUGAUGAAUUUGGCUUCAAAGUUGAAGAAGAAGAUGGUCCUGAAGAGAAUUCUAGCAAACUACUCAGCACACCUUUCAUUGAAGAUCCACAGCACCGUUUAAAGUGGACAGCUUAUUUAGAAUUUACACACAAUAAUGAAGUUGGUGACUUGACCUGGGACAAGGUAGAAGACCGCCUGCCUCGAUCGGAGAAAUUCCGACAGAUGAUUCGACAAGGGAUCCCGCAUUCACUGCGUUCUCAAAUCUGGAUGCGAGUGUCUGGUGCUCUGGAAAAGAAACACAAAUCAGAUAUGUCUUAUAAAGAAGUUGUCAAAGAAAGUUCCAAUGACCAUUUGAUGACAUCAAAACAAAUAGAAAAGGACCUUCUGCGGACGAUGCCAAGCAAUGCAUGCUUCUGUAACAUUAAUAGUACAGGCAUUCCACGGUUGCGCCGGAUUCUUCGAGGUCUAGCCUGGCUCUAUCCAGAUGUAGGGUAUUGUCAAGGAACAGGUAUGAUUGCUGCUUCUUUGCUUCUGUUUAUGGAAGAAGAAGAUACAUUUUGGAUGUUGUGUUCUAUAAUAGAAGAUUUGCUCCCAGCAUCUUAUUAUUCCAGUACACUAAUUGGGAUACAGGCUGAUCAGCGUGUUUUACGACAAUUACUCAUCACCCUGUUACCCAACACUGAUCUUGUACUCAAAGAGCAUGACAUAGAGCUUUCUCUAAUUAGCCUUCAUUGGUUCCUGACGCUGUUUGCUAGUGUGGUACACAUGAAGGUUCUUCUCCGUAUCUGGGACUUACUUUUCUAUCAAGGUUCCAUUAUACUCUUCCAAGUCACUAUGGGCAUGUUAAAAAUGAAGGAAGAGGAAAUGUUAACGUUUGACAAUUCUGCUCAAAUCUUCAAUGCUUUAUCUGAUGUCCCUGGAGAUGUUCAAGAUGUUGACAAAUUGAUAGAGAUAUCUUUUAAUGUAGCUGGCUCAUUAACAGAUACAAUUGUUGAUACACAUAGAAGAAAACAUUUAGCAUAUUUAAUGGCAGAUCAAGGAGCUAUUGUCAACCCUGAAUCUGCAAAAAAUCUACCAAAACAGCAACUGAACAAACGACAUUUACGUCGAUCGAGGUCCUUGGUUUCAUUACUUCUGUGGGGAAAUGAAGAAGAAGAAGACUUGGGAAAAGCCAAGAACAUUCGUCAAACAGAACUGUUGGUUGACUUGAGAGAUGCUAUUUUACAGGUGGCUCGGCAUUUUCAGUCAGUUGAUCCGAAAAAUAACAAAAUUAUCAACACUGCUGAUAAUCAGAGUAGCUAUUGGAUGCGGAAAUCUUUAUCUAGCGAUGAUGAUGAAUCAUACAGGAUGAAUCAUGAUGCUAUAAAGAGUCAUUUAAAUCAGGAAGAAUUCCAACACCCAAGAUUCCAGGAGUUCCAGUUGGCUAAUGCAGUUGGCAUAAAUACUCAUUACAGAGCUGAUUACUCUAUGGAAAGUCAUGCCCGUGACCUGGAGAAUUAUGUCAAUGUAGCUCGCAACAGAAGACGGAGAGCAAAGGCCUUGUUAGAUUUUGAACGACAUGAUGAUGAUGAACUAGGCUUUCGGAAGAAUGAUAUCAUAACAAUAAUAUCUCAAAAAGAUGAACAUUGCUGGGUUGGUGAAUUAAAUGGAUUACGUGGUUGGUUCCCGGCAAAGUUUGUAGAAUUGUUAGAUGAACGGAGCAAGAACUAUUCAUCUGCUGGAGAUGACAGUGUGACUGAAGCUAUCACAGACAUUGUGCGUGGCACGUUAUGUCCUGCUCUAAAAGCAGUAUUUGAACAUGGUUUGAAGCGCUCAUCAAUCCUAGGAGGAAGUUGUCAUCCUUGGUUAUUUAUUGAAGAGGCUGCUACAAGGGAAGUAGAGAAAGAUUUCCAGUCUGUGUAUUCAAGGCUUGUAUUAUGUAAAACAUAUCGCCUGGAUGAAGAUGGAAAAGUUUUAACACCCGAAGAAAUAUUAUACAGAGCAGUUCAAGCUGUCAACCUUGGCCAUGAUCAGUGCCAUGCUCAAAUGGAUGUCAAAUUCCGCUCUAUCAUCUGCUGCGGCUUAAAUGAACAAGUGUUACACCUUUGGUUAGAGACGUUGUGUUCGUGCCUGGAUGUAGUAGAAAAAUGGUAUCAUCCUUGGUCUUUUAUAAGAAGUCCAGGUUGGGUACAGAUCAAAUGUGAAUUAAGGAUUCUCUCCCAAUUUGCAUUCAACCUUUCACUUGACUGGGAGCUGCCCAAGAAGAAAGUUCCUCCAGAUGGCCUCCGAGAAGGUGUACGAGAUAUGCUUAUUAAGCAUCAUUUAUUCAGCUGGGAUCUCUGAUUAUUAUUUAAGAAGUUAGUAUGCAUUGUUUAGACAAAGACAUUCAUGUGUGUAUCUAUAAUGCUCGGCAUGCACUCACACACACACACAUAUUUUCAAACAUGCACACAUACACAUUUGACAUUUAACACAUUGUCACAUACAUACACAUAAAUACACACAUAUAUUCUCACAUAAUGGUAGGAUUCAGUGUCUUCUAGUGAAACAAUUGUUCCAUUAUUUAUUUGUCAGGUACUCUUGGGGCUAAAAAAGAAACAAAAUCUCUUGGUUGCAAAGUUAAUUGUCUGAAAUACAGGUUUUGAUUGCUUGAGAUUGUUGCCUCACCUGUCAACAGCCUCACCUGUCAACAGGCUCACCUGCAGUAGCUUCAUAUUCUGGCAAUAGAAACCUCAACUGCAAUUUCAAUGAAUCUAUUUGCCAGAUAUGUGAUGGCACAGAUUAAUUCCCAAGCCUGUUUCUUUGAUGACACAGCGUAUUUCCUCUGUGCGUGUGUGAGUGCGUGUGCGUGCGUGCGUGCAUACAUGUUUAUAUGUAUGUGAUCAUGCAUAUUCUUAUGUACGUAUCAUACAUAUACACCAAAUGGUGUCAGUAUUAUUUCCAUGAUAAGUCUGCAUAAAUUAUAAAAUACUAUUUUGUACAUAGAAGAAAAAAAUAUAUAUAUAAUGAACUUUUGAGAAGAAGAAAACUGUAAGAAGAAGGAAAAUCAAUGUGCUUAAAAGAAAAAAAAA